GCACACCGGGAGGAUGCUGCGGCCUGUCAGACCCGCCGCUCGCUCAUCUUUCCCCCGGAGCUGUUAGGCUGGUCCGGGACAUGGCUGCAUCCAUCGCACAUUUUGACGACGACUGGUCGCAUGUACGGGGUUCGAACGUGGUUCCGGAUCGGGAGCUGCUGCCGCACAAAGGCCGAGCAGCGGCCGCUACCGCCGCCGCCGCCGCCGCGGGGGAAGCGGCCGCUGCUCGGCUGCUGCUGCUCCAGGGUGAUGGGGACCUGCCGGGGCUGCUCGACGGCAGCUUCCCCCCGGGGGACGCGCUCAGCUCCGUGGACCCGGUGAGCGGCUUCGAGGAGAAGUUCUCCGCCUGCUUCCACAAUUUCAACCCCCAGACAGAGAGCGUCGCUCCCGUGAGUGUGAUCUCAGAGGACACGCUGCUGGAGACGGACGAAAUCUGGAACGCUUUAACCAGUAACUACGGCCACGUGAUGCCAGUGGACUGGAAACGCUCUCGAACACGCUCCCUCCACAUCCCCACAUUCAACCUGGAGGAGAAACCUAGGAAGACUGAUGUCACAGCAGAGCUGUCUGACGAUGAGGAGCUGAGGGAGCAGCUGGACAUGCACUCCAUCAUUGUCUCCUGUCUUGCAGAGGAGCCCCUGUACACAGCAGAGCAGGUUAUAGAGGAGAUAGAGGAGAUGAUGCAGGACUCACCAGACAUGGAGACUCAGCACGAUCCCUCUCAGUCUGACCUCUCGAUGCUCUCAUUGGACGUCCAGCAACCGACCAGCAGCCCCGACUAUGAGGAGAAGGUGAAGACCCUGAGUGUGGCGGAGCUGAACGAGCGUCUGGAGGAGACGGAGACGAACAUCAGGAGGUUCUCGGAGGAGCUGGUGCAGCAGCUGGCUCUCAGGGACGAGCUGGACUUUGAGAAAGAGGUGAAGAACAGUUUCAUCUCGGCGCUCAUCGACGUGCAAAACCGACAGAAGGAGCACCGCGAACUGCUGAGGAAGAAGAAGAAGCUCAAAGGCGGAGCUGGGACGUCGCAGGGCCACGCUGAGAGAACAGGCGGAUCACGCUUCAGCAUGGAGGGACUCUCCUCCGUCAUUCAGAACAGCUUCCGACAAACUUUUGGGAGUGGGUGCAGUGAAAGACAGUAUUUGACCACAGUCAUCCCGUAUGAGAAGAAGGGACGUCCUCCUUCGAUCGAGGACCUUCAGAUCCUCACCAAGAUUCUACAAGCUAUGAGAGAUGACAGUGACAAGGUGCCCAGUCUCUUAACAGACUAUAUUCUCAAAGUGCUUUGCCCAACGUAGACCAGAGGGACGGUGCCUAACACUCUGCAGAGGCUUCUGAUAGUUUACCGUGGCAACAAGAAGGACUCAUUGUAUAUUUUUGCAAACAACUUAAUUUAUUUCGUGUUUUUAAUUCAACAUGUGUCUUUUUUGUUGUGUUCUUUACUCAGUUGUUUUCAUUUUACGUGCAGUGUUGUUGGAUUUUUGCAAACCCUGUGUGUACCUGUACAUUUUUUACUUAUUUUCAGUGUUUUUUUAUUCUCUUGCACAGUGGAUAAACAAUUAUAAAUUAUAUUAGAAAUGUACCCAGAUAGACAAAGCAAUGUAGCUGCUGCACUGUUUGGAAAAUCCUGAGCUUUGCCUGUUGGUUUGAAGUAAGAGCAAAGUUGCUAUGCAAAGGGCUUUGUACUAAACUAAAGUGCUUCUUAUCUAAUGAGAAAUGAACAAAUGCACAAAGCACAUUGAACAGACAGUAAUAGAGAACUAUGACCAUAGUUUAAAAUAAUACAACACUAUUGAUCUCAAGAGGGAAAUGAAUUAUUCCACCUGCACAUAGCAGUAGACAAAUACAAGAAAAUAACAUAAAUUAAUAACAACACAAGUCACAGAUAGUGUACAUAAACACAAUGUACUGUAUGUGCACAAAACAUAUAAUUCAGCAGUCUUCCAUGUACCUGCAGACACCACAUACAUCAUCAUUCUGAGGACGGUGAAGACCUGAUGAUGAAGUCUGGACUGAAAUGAACUAAUUAACUAACUAUGCAUUCGAGUGAAUAUUUUAUUGUGACCCAUGCACUGUCUACUUUUGUGGCGCUGACUGGCUCUGAAUCAGAGUCUCGGGCGACAGCGUGCUCCGCUGUGCACACAGCAGCGAACACCGAGACUGGGCAUUGUUUUUUCUGUACGUAUUUUACGAGCUGCCUUUGCCGUUGCCUGAACUUUUGUACAUUUAUUAUAAAUGACUUAUUUUCAGUGAAUGUCACAUAACUGUUC